AGAACACGAUGGCGACAUUAUCACCAAUUCCUCACCUAUUGCUCUUUCUUCUUUUAUUUGAAACUUUUAUGGCGGAAAAUGUGGACGCUGAUUUCUAUCCAUCUGCGCAUGAACAACACAACUUCAGUUACACAAUGGACGAUCACAUGUCUCUGAUCCGACGCCCGCGUGCAGUUGCAGCCAGUGGUCUCCCAUCAUCCUAUCAGGCCACUUUUGAAAUAAGCUUUCCAGAUCCCAGCUUUGAAGCGGAAAUCAGAAGUUAUCUGCUGGACAUGAGCAUUUACCAGCCGCUGACAUAUGACUCAAUCGCGAUAUCUAGUGUUGACCUUUCACCAGCGUGCAGUAUAAGCGGCUCCACCGCUACAUGCAGUUGUGGGAAGGACUAUGAGUGUAUUGGAACGUCAGGACUGUGCGAUGAUACUAACUGCAUAUGCGUCACUACAAUACCGCUGCAAGAAUUCUGCAUACCAAAGCUUACCAUUGCAAUGUACCCGGAGACACUAUUUCAUGGAGAUACAUUAACUAUUGUUUGUAACUUCACUGAAGUAACAACCAUUUCCUGGUACCUCAAUUCCAAUGAUAUUACCAAUAAUCCAAGCUAUAACACUUCCUACUCUCUACAAGGUACCAGGGUUAGCUACAUGCUGAACAAAAAGAAUGUCAGUGCCUCUGAUGCAGGUACUUACACCUGCGCUGUCACUGUCAACGGAAAUAAUCAAGCACAAAGCACAACCAUUAGUAAAAUUACUGAGCUAGCGAUUGAUCUGUCAGGUAAUAAUGAGACUUUCUGCGAUGGGGCUACAUUUAAUUUGACUUGCUGUACGAAAGGCAUUCCACUUUUAUCUGGGACAUGGACUGUAAACGGGAAAUCCGGAACAUCAAUAAGCAACGCAACCUGCACAACCUACAUUAUAACCCCCAGUGUGGCCGAAUGCACGCCUGCUCCGUCUAGCUCAAUGUACACUUGCAAAUUGCAGAGACGGGAAGGAGCGACAGCUUUAAAGACAAUAACUGUGACAUACUGGCCAAGAGCAACCUUUACAGCAUCACCAAACCGGGCAGUUUCAGCAGGCAAAGUCCUAAGUAUCCGCUGCCAAACUUCUUUCACAGCAAACAGCAUAGACUUGCAAAUACUAAUAGAUACCACUAGUACGGUUCUAAACAGUACAUCCAAUACAAACAGCAACACUUUCACAAUUAGUAAAACGUCUGCCGCAUGGUCCGGCAUCUUCAUAUGUAUCAUCCGUAAGAGCAGUCUGACCAGCUCUGCCAAUAUAACUGUGGAGAUUGUACCAUUGCCGAGCAGUGCAUCAAUACAAGUCUACCCCCUGCAGUCAUAUGUAGGCACUUCUGGAAUAAACCAGCAGCUGAAUUGCUGUGUACGUGACGCUAACUAUACCAUAUAUUUCACAAAUGGCAUUACCAACACACCCGCUACAAAUUCUGCAAAACUUGUAGAUCAGACUUGUUAUAUGUAUAACCUGUACAUCAGCGGUGGAGCUACAGGAAACACAACUAUAAACUGCGUGGUCGUCAACUUGCUGGGUGACAGAGCCACUAGUGCGAAUAUGAUCAUAAGUCCUGUCGAAGAUAGCACAAAAUCUUGCCCUGCAACAGUCAUCCUUCCUGUAACGCCAAAUAGCAAAACAUUUUUGUUGUCCUGCAGUCUUAUUAACCCAUUGCAAUUGGGCAAUAUAAUUUAUACCUGCAACAAUGGGAUUUGGGAUAAUGGAACCAAUGAGUGCUACUCUUCACAGAUUUUCACACAGGUGCAAAAUGUCCAGGACGUGAUAACUGGUCCAGAGGCACAACAGAACAUAGCGAGUGUACUUACAAACAUCACUUCUGUUGCAACGGAGCUGGCAGCCAACAUUUCCAGUUCUCCACAAAAUAUAAAGUACAUGGUGCAGAUAAUAUCUACUAUUUCAACGGCAAACGUAACAGUGAGUCCACCAGUGAUGGAGAACUAUAUCAAAACAGUAGAUAUCGUGAUAAACAACACCAACACUUUGGCAAAAAUGCCUAAUGACAGUUCCUCAGUCCUCCAGUCUGUGGAGAAGUUUGCCCAAAAUUUACAGUUCAACGACUCUGUGAACAUCACGAAUGACCCCACCAGCACUAUCCAGCUCAUCGGAAAAAUAUUACACCCAGGCAUCCCCAGUUAUGGAAAUUUUAUGUUUCCCAAUGUGACUGGUAAUGUGUCCGUCAUAUACAGGUCCAUUCCAGGAAACUCUGGUAGGGUAGUCAGCUUAGCUUACACGUCAAUGAAAGACAUUUUGCCACAGGACAAGCCAAUAAAUGGACUUGUUAUGUCAACAGUUUUGGGUAACAUUCCUAGCAAAGACAUUGAUGAAGAUAAUUUUAGCAUAACAAUGUUAUUUAUUAAGAAUCAUGCAUCGGACAAGACACCGGAAUGCGCCUGGUUCGACUUCGACCUGCAGGUCUGGAACAACAGCGGCUGUUCUACCGUAGAAGGAACCGAUAAUGUUAAUUGCACAUGUAACCACUUAACUUCCUUCUCAGUCCUCCUGGCCGAUGUGCAAGAGUCAUAUCUGGAUAUAAUUACAUAUGCCGGAGUCGGGAUAUCUCUUGGAUGCUUGUUUAUCACCCUGGUCAUUGAAGUCCUAGUAUGGCGAUCAGUUAUCAAAAACAAGACCUCCUAUUUACGCCAUGUUUGCCUGGUAAAUAUUGCCGUAACACUUCUAGUUGCCGAUAUUUGGUUUAUCAUUGGUGCCGCACUGGAGAAAUACCCAUCAUCUCCCGCCUGCCAAACAGCUGCUUUCUUCAGCUUUUAUUUCUACUUGUCUUUGUUUUUCUGGAUGCUGACCAACGGGCUUGUCCUUUUCUACCGUCUCAUCUACAUCUUGCAUGACAUGAGCAGGAGAGUGAUGAUGAUGAUAGCGUUUACCUUAGGAUAUGGGUGUCCCCUCUUGAUCGCCGUUGUGACAGUGGCUUCAACAGAACCCGGGAGAUUUACAAGCCAAAAAUUCUGCUGGCUCAGCUACUACGGUUCCAAAUCAUUCCUGGCGUUUGUUGUGCCGGCUUUAACUAUCGUGUUCAUUAACCUCAUCAUCUUGGCUGUAGUUAUCUGUAAAUUGCUAAGGCCUGUCGUUGGAGAAAGACCGGGACAAGAAGACAGGCAAGUUGUAGUAGUGAUCGCUAAAACCAUUGCAGUCCUCACGCCGCUUCUGGGGACUACCUGGCUAUUCGGUCUCAUCUUGGUUUCCGACCCAACAAAUAAGGUUAUAAAUGGAAUAUUUGCAGCUCUCAACUCUUUCCAGGGUUUGUUCAUUUUGAUUUCCACCGUAUUAUUGGACCAGAAGGUUAGGACAGCAGUGAGAAGCAGUAUCUCAUCGUACUAUUUGAAUACACGCAGGACAAAUGUGCAGACAACAUCGACAAAUUCUUCUACCCCCUCAAAGCCGGUUAAGACAAAAAAUAUUUUUGCCAAAAAAGGUGGGUACAAUUUUUUCGCUGCACAAAGUUCAUCCAAUGAGACGUCUGCGGACUCUUACUCUGUACUCGCAUAAUAAGAAACUGUUAUUGGACGCUGCGCUUAUUACAUGAAGAAACAGAUCAUAUGAUAUUUUAAUGUGAAUUAUUAGAGGAGCUAGGGUCAGAUUGACUUUUGUCACCCGAUAAGGAGUCCUAAAGGAAAAGUACAUAUUGUAUGACAAACUGUAUCAUAUUAUAUGACAUACUGUAUGUCUAUGCAAAAAUAUAUUGCGAUUCACUUCUAGCACUAGAAACGUGUGUUGUGCGCUUUGUGUUUUCUAUUAACACUUCAAGGUUAUAGUUUUCUUAAAAUGUAGUUUGGGGCUUGCUGAAAACGUAUAUGUAGUUGCCCUUCCAUCCAAGGCAAUAUCUAAGAUUAAUACAGUGAUAGCAAUACAUCAAGUUGUCAUUCCACAGAAAUCUGCGUGCAGUACCCACUGUUGGGCAUGACAGUGUGAAAACAAGCAAAUGUGGCACCCCGGAAAGGCAAAGUGGUGUGUUUGUCCCUUUAAGGCUAACUCAGUGUUUGCAGCGGAGGUGAAGUGCUGGUACAGCAGCGGUUAAGGACGGACCUUGGUCCGAUCACAUGUUCCAGAUGGUGAGUGUGGAAUGGACAAUACAGUCGUGGAGCAGAGGAGCCUUUUGGGAAGCAGAAGGAGGAGUCUGAUGGAAGUAAUUGGAGGUGCUGGACAUGCUUAGUGCGGAGCUGAGUAACGAACGCCAACCGCAUGGCCACGCUGUGUGGUGAGAGCAGCGCAACAGAGCACAAGCAGCAGGGUGCUACCGGGAAGCAGAGAGCUGGGUGAGUGAGUGUGAGACGUUGCUUCCGGGAACCAGACACCGCCAUGCCUAUUGAUAUGCGCAGAUGUCGCGGCCAUCUUGUGCAGUAAGGAACCGCUGAGAUAGGUCCAGCUAGUGAGUGCCUCUACCACAGAAGUUCUGAGUGAGUACACAGAGACUGUUAUUGUUACGAGCAACAGGCAAACAAAGUACCAAGCCCAAGUGUCCAUUUGUCACAUGCUGUACAUUGUAAAUGGAACAAGCAGUGUAAUACACCCAUACAACGCAACAUCUUACCAACCAGCCCGUUUGAGUACAGGUAAGGCAAACAUCCCCUGUCUAAGAACUGUUGAGAGAUAUAUGUAGUGAUUGUGGAAGAGAAAGAGACUGAGUCAUUUAUGCAAGUGAAAUUGAGUUACUUUGUCUGGAGUUUAUUUGCACAAGGAAUCCUAAUUAAUAACUAAGCUGUAUUUGUUGAAGGACACUACAAUACCUUCACUAGCAUCAUCCUCUUUGAAGUGAAGUGACAUUCUUACUAACCCAGGAAUUCUUGUGUUCACAUGUGCCAUUCCCCCAUUGCAAAACUAUGGCACCUGAGGAUUUAAAGAGAGCUCCAACAUUAUUUGCAGUGAAGAUUACAACAUCCUUGAUAGGGAAAGUUAGGAAUUUAGAAACUGUCAUUGUGAAUUUUAUUUUUCAUCACUCUUCUCAUCACCACAUUAUUAUUGUGUCAUAUUGGAAUAAAAAUAUAUAUCUGUGAUUA